ACGUGAAAUGAAAUUAUAUGCAUUGAUACAGUUGAUAAUAUGUUUACAAUUUUACGACCUGAUUUUAUGUACAUUGAUACACGAACAAGAAUACUCUAAAAGAAUUACCUCUUCUAGUCUCCGUAGAGAACAAAUCGAUCAGUUAAAGUUUAUCCAUAACGUAGAGUACACCAGUCGUAUUAUAGUGAACACUACCAGAAUAGAGGGUUUUGUUGAACGGUUCAUUUUGAAUCAUACAGGAUAUUUAUUUCGCCGACGGUUUCAGAUUGGUGACAACUUCUACUAUAUAUUUGAUAUAGAUCGUGUGUCUAGAAAAGUUAACAAGCAAGUAGAAGACACAGGAAUAAGGAAGAUUCGACUUGAUACCGAGGUAGAGUUUAUCCAGCAGGAAGUACGUCAACCGAGAGUGCUGAAAACUGUCGAUCCGGAAUGGUAUAAACUAUGGCACUUGAAUGGUGAAAUCUCCCCUUCAAUGCAGAUAAAUGAAGCUUGGAAUUAUGGUUACACCGGACGUGGCAUAAAGAUUGCUGUCCUGGACGAUGGUGUACAGACUGAUCAUCUAGAUCUUGUUUCAAAUGUAGACACAGUAAACGACUAUGACUACGUAGAUGAUGAUUACAAUCCUAUGCCUCCAUAUGGAAGCAGUCAUGGAACAAAAGUUGCAGGACUCAUAGCAGCAGGAAAAGACAACAACGAGUGUAUUGUUGGUGUCGCACAUCAUUCUUCUAUAGUUGGCGUACGUUUACUUGGCAGUCGUGGAUUAACAGAUUCAGAGGAAGCACAAGCUCUCAAUCAUCAUAUAAAUGAAAUAGACAUAUACUCUAAUAGCUGGGGGCCUACAGAUGGUUACGGAUUUGGUGGACCUGGUACUCUUACAAAAGAAGCUCUUAAAGCAGGAGUUCAAAAUGGUAGGAAUGGUAAAGGCGUCAUAUUUACAUUUGCAUCUGGAAAUGGCAUGAUAGAUGACAAUUGUAAUGCUGAUGGAUACGUCAACAGUAUUUAUACUGUGGCUAUAACUAGCGUACAACUGGGACAAAAUGCAUGGUACUCUGAAGUAUGUGCUCCUGCUUUGGCUGCAACAUAUGGUGGUAGCGAGGAAGAUAGAUAUUUAACUACUACUUCGACUGCCGAUGAGUGUCUUACCAAUGGUACCCAGGGAACAUCGUUCUCAGCACCAAUAGCAUCUGGAAUAAUAGCUCUUGCUCUGCAAGCAAAUCCUAAUCUUACAUGGAGAGACGUGCAACAUUUGAUAGUGCUUACAUCAUCAAGGAAAGGAUUUAAUGACACUUAUUCUGACUGGUCAGUAAACGGAGCAAACAAGGAAUUUAGCCAAGUUCUUGGGUACGGUCUAAUGGAUGCGAAAACCAUGGUCAAUAAAGCUAAAUCCUGGACCACUGUUCCGGUACAACACAUGUUUACAACCCGUACUAGGUUCCCUUUUAUUUCUACCAGUUUGUUGUCGUCAGAUACAAUAACCUUUUCAGGGAGUGAUAGUGAAAUUCGUUUCUUAGAACACGUUACAGUUCAAAUAAAAUUCUCCUACAGUCGAUAUCGUGGUGUCACAGAACUAUAUCUAGUUUCUCCAAGCGAAACUGAAAGUAAUUUACUUCAUUUCCGGUAUGAAGAUGCCAUUAAAUACAAGAGCAGAGGAUCGUUAAUGUGGAGGUUCAUGUCAGUUCAUUUCUGGUGGGAAAACCCUGUUGGUAACUGGCGGCUUAAAGUUGGUUCAUAUAAGGGACUUUCUGUUGUAACCCUGGUUUCCUGGUCUAUAACAUUUUAUGGUACAUCACACAAUCCAAUAACACAAGAGCAAACAACAGUUCCAACAAAAGAGUCGAAAAAUACAAGCGAUCCAAAGGAUGUUUCAAAAACAACCAACUCAGCAUCAAUACUCACAUCAUUCACAGAACCGACAUCAACAAGCAAAGCAGCACAGUUUGUAACAGUCACAGCGUCAGAUAAACUUUCAACAGAAACAGCAACAAUCUCUAAUUGGACGACCUUAUCUACUAAGCCUACAACGCCAUCAAGAGGAAGUGACUUAUCUUUUUUAACUAGCGACAAUAAGCCAAUUAUCAUAGGAGGAUGUGUAGCAGGCCUCUUACUCUUAGGCGUGGUUCUUGUGUUCAUCGGAAGGAAAAUUAAUGUUGGGCGUAAAAAAGCUGUCGAUUCAACAACCCCAUCCACAAAACCUGCUGUGUUUACUGCUUGAAUAGGAACAGUCACAGAAAGAAAAAGUUAAAAUCCGACUAUAAUUUCAGGGUUUAACAGUAAUACAAUGCGCUGGCAUUAUUCGAUCUAUGCAGACAUUGUUAUAUAUGUUCAGAACUAUAUGAGUAUUUGGACCAUAUGGUCAUGACGAUAUAAUUAUAUCUCAUAUAGUCCAAUUCUAUGCGUAUAUUUUUAUCAGUUUUAAAUGAGCAGGAGAAGCAUUAAUAAAGCGGAAUGCUCAAGUAUCCAACAAUUGUAUUU